AUGGUGUUGGUUCUCCUGGUGGCCAUUCCCUUGCUGGUGCACAGCUCCAAAACCACCUCCCACUAUGAGAUGCUGGGUAGCUGUCGUAUGGUCUGUGACCCCUACACACCGCAAACCCACGGGGCAGCUUCAGCGGAGGCAAGCCAGGAGUUGGCCGUCAUCUCACCACCUCCUUAUGCAUCUGGAGGAAGAGGAGACCAAGGAAGGAAGGGCAAGUCUGGAAUCCGUGGGCCUCCAGGACCUCCGGGGCCACCUGGCCCCCCGGGCUCCCCUGGAGAAUCAGGGAGGCCAGGUCUUUAUGCAGGACUGCGGAAGCCACACGAAGGGUAUGAAAUCCUGCGCUUUGAUGAUGUGGUGACCAAUGUGGGAAACUACUACGAACCACUAAGUGGCAAGUUUACUUGCCCUCUACCUGGCAUCUACUUCUUCACCUACCACGUGCUCAUGCGCGGGGGCGAUGGCAGCAGCAUGUGGGCAGACCUGAUGAAGAAUGGGCAGGUCCGGGCCAGUGCCAUCGCACAAGAUGCUGACCAGAACUACGAUUACGCUAGUAACAGUGUGAUCCUACACCUGGACGUGGGCGAUGAAGUCUUCAUCAAGCUGGACGGUGGGAAAGUCCACGGUGGCAAUACCAACAAGUACAGCACCUUCUCCGGAUUCAUCAUCUACCCGGAUUGA